AUGUUGGCUCACUUUGUCCUCAGCCUGCUCGGAAGCUCGCUGUUGGCUCAAGGCGCUGUCUUGAAUCACAAGCAGCAGCCCCGGGACACUACUGAUGCAGCAGCGCAAUGGGCGCCUCAAGGCUGUUGGAGCGAUAAUCGACACAACCGCACUCUUGCCGCUCUUGGUGAUGCAGGCACAAACGUGACGAACGUCAAAUGCCAAAGCCGAUGCGCCGGGUACAGAUAUGCAGGAACUGAAUAUAGUGGAGAAUGCUACUGUGGCGACUACCUUAACUCAAUCACGUCUCCGCUUAGCGACUUGGCUUGUUACAUGACCUGCACUGGCGACGACACUGAAACCUGUGGAGGACCAAAUGCGUUGUCACUCUAUUGGGACGGCCAAGCAGCUCCCGCGUCUACUCCAAUCAGUGUCAAUGCUGGCGUCGACGGCUGGACCUCUCAAGGCUGCUACACUGAUCAGGUCGGCAGUCGUACACUUAGCAAUGGUGUGGCAACCCCAAGAGGAGCAUCAUCAUUGACUGUCCAGCUUUGCGUCGAUACGUGCGGGAGCGCAGGCUACACGCUAGCUGGAGUCGAGUACAGUGGCGAGUGUUACUGCGGCAACAGCACAUCCACUGGCGCUGUUGCAGAAGACCAGAGUGCAUGCAACAUGCCGUGUUAUGGCAACGGUAGUGAGUACUGCGGUGGUGCUAAUGCAAUCAAUCUAUACUCGUUCGCCAUCGCCCCGCCGGCAAACACAUCGACAUCGGCAUCAUCUGCUACAGCGACUCCUACGGCAACACAGUCUACAUCCGCGACACCAACGAUGGUCACUUCUGGGCUGCCAGAUGGCUACACAUACCAAGGCUGCUGGGCCGACCUCACCAAUGGCCGAAUCUUGUCAGUCCAGCAACCUGACUCCGCUACUCUCACGCCAGCAAGCUGUGUCAGCACAUGCUAUACCGCCGGAUAUAGCUACGCUGGAGUCGAGUGGUCGAAGCAAUGCUUCUGCGGCAAAGCGAUCGUUAAUGGCGGGUACCAGGCAGUUUCGUCGUACGCUCUCCAAAACUGUCAUGUUGCAUGUACCGGUGAUACCACGCAGGGAUGUGGAGGCUCACGCCUAAUGGCAUUGUAUUACUCCAAUGCAACCACUUCUUCUUAG